AGUUUAUAUACUCAUGUCGGGUAACAAAAUUUUAUUAUAAAUUUAUUUUGAAAUAGAAAAAUUCCCAAGUUAAUCAUUUACAAAGUGAACGGCGGCAAUACGGCACAGCGAACAAAACGCGGUCGCUUGCUUAACUGGAAAACUUCGCAAAACUCAAAGCACAAUAUAACACACAAAAAACGGCGCCUCCGCGAAGUACUCCACAGCAGCAACAACAACGUGCAACGAUUAACGUUGUUAAAAGAAUUCGCUUAAAAAAGUGCUCACACUAUAUUACAACACAAACAACAACAACACCAACAACAUAACUAACACUAACAACACUACCAGCAACAACAACAAAAGCCCUGAUAAAAAAAACCACUUGAAAUGUCGUCUCUACAAACGGCUUCAUUGGAGGAAAUACGUAAGAUAGCUUCACGUCUGUGUCGAGAUUACUUAACGGGCAGAUGGAAGGUGGUUAGCGAAGACGAUUUGAUUGUCAAACGCAUUAGUGGUGGUUUGUCCAAUUUUCUUUAUUACAUAAGGCUGCCACAAGAUGAAGCGGCUAAUGUUGACGAUAGUGUGCACGAUACUGCAUACGACACGGAUGGUCUCUCCAACGACGAUAAAAAUAGAAAUGAGCAUGAUUACAUAGAUUUGGGUCUGGGUGAGAGCACCAAUAUCAAACGGAAACGUACUGACAGUGGCGACUCUUUCACCACAAAAGCUGAACCAAAAGAGGUACUAAUACGCGUAUAUGGUCAAACACAUGGUGAACAUGCAUUGGAGUCCAUGAUAUCGGAAUCUGUUGUGUUUGCAUUGCUAAGUGAACGCAAUUUUGGCCCAAAAUUAUUGGGAAUAUUUCCCGGUGGCCGCAUUGAACAAUAUAUACCAGUGAGUAUGUAGUUUUUAAUUUAUUUCA